AUGGUUACUUCGAAAAUUCUCGGGAAUUAUACUGUUGUAGGUACCGCAUUGAGUACUCAUAGCAGUAUGUUUACUGAACAAGUACUUGUAUGGGUACCCGCAUCUGAUAGUAACAGUGGUGAUAAAGAUAGUUCAACAUCAGAUAGAUAUAAACAAAUUCGAGAUGAAGCUGAAGAAUCAUAUGUGAAAAAAAUCGCUGAAAGACAAAAAUUAUACGCUGAUACUCAAAAAGUCGGACAAUAUCAAAUUGGAGAUUUGGUUGGUUUAAAAAUUGAUAAAGUUGAUAGAACCAACACACCACCAAAAUUUUUACCAUGUAAAGUUAUUUCAGUAGAAUUAUUAUCUGAUGAUAGGAAUACCUAUCGUCUUUGCACAAGAAAAUGUGUUCUAUCUCCAACAUAUGAUGUUAAUGAUCUCAUUGAUUUAACAAAAUGUAAUUUUUUGGAAUUAUGUUCUAUUGAUUCUCAAACAUUACCAACACAAACAUUUAUUCAAGCUUGCAAAGAUUAUAUUAGUAGUGGGAUUAAUGUAGGUGUAGAAGCCCGUGUUUAUAAUGGAGGUUGUGCUGCAAAAAAAUGCCCAUGCAAAGUACCUAAAGUACCGUGUAGUACAAAAUGCCAUCCUGCUAAAAGAAAAUGUUGUUCGAAUAUAUAG